AUGCUGGAGGCAGCUGAGAAGGUGGCGGGGGCUUCGCCACGCAUCGCAGUGUUUGAUAGGAAGCGCAAGAUCGAGCUGGCCCUCAAGCUGCAGCAGCGCUGGCAGCGCUGGGAGCUCACCAACUUUGACUACCUCAUGCAGCUGAACACGCUGGCGGGGCGCACGUACAACGACCUGAACCAGUACCCGGUGUUCCCUUGGGUGCUGGCAGACUACACCAGCGCCAGCCUGGACCUCAACAGCCCCGCCGCAUUCCGCGACCUCUCCAAGCCUGUCGGGGCCCUCAACGAGAAGCGCCUGCAAUUCUUCCGUGAGCGCUACGACAGCCUCCAGGCGGACCCGGAUGUGCCGCCAUUCCAUUACGGGUCGCACUACAGCGCGGCGGGCGUGGUGCUCUUCUACCUUAUCCGGCAGGAGCCCUUCACCGGCCUCAACCGCAGCCUCCAGGGGGGCCGGUUUGACCACGCGGACCGGCUGUUCAGCAGCGUUCCCGCCACCUGGAACAACUGCCUGGUGAACACGAGCGACGUGAAGGAGCUGACGCCCGAGUUCUUCUACCUCCCCGACUUCCUCACCAACGCCGAUGGCUUCUGCCUCGGCACCCGCCAGGAUGGGCGGGACCUGGACGAUGUGGAGCUGCCGCCGUGGGCGCGGGGCAGCCCGGACGAGUUUGUGCGCCUGCAACGCGAGGCGCUGGAGUGCGACCACGUGUCGGAGCACCUGCACGAGUGGAUCGACCUCAUCUUUGGCUGCAAGCAGCGCGGCCGCGCCGCCGAGGCCGCCGCCAACGUGUUCUACUACCUCACCUACGAGGGCGCCGUCGACCUGGAUGACAUCGUGGAUGCCAGGCAGCGCAAGGCGGUGGAGGACCAAAUUAGUCACUUUGGUCAGACGCCCAGCCAGCUGUUCCGCCGGCGCCACCCGCGGCGCGGCCCGCCCCCGCCGCCUACCGCGCACCCGCUGCUCAACGGCCCCGACGCCAUGAAGCUCACCACUGUGGGCAUGCCGCCCUCCCGCAGGCCGAACAUAGCAGUGGCGCGGGUGGAGGUGACAGAGGGGCGCGUGGUGCUGGUCAACGCGGACCGCGCCGUGUCGACGCACCGGUGGCUGUCGCCGCGCGACGCGGGUGCGUUCACGUUCUCGGUGCCGGCCGAGGCGGGCUUUGGCGUGGAGGCGGACCCCAACCCGCCCCGGCUCAUGGGCGCGCCAUUUGCCGCCGACCUGCAUGCCGGCCACUGCUACGCCAUCCUGCCUGGCGGCCAGGUGAUUGCCAGCUGCGGGUACUGGGACAACUCCAUCAGGUGCUACAGCUCGGAGGAGGGGCGCCUGCUGCAGAGCAUCCGCCAGCACAAGGACAUUGUCACCUGCAUCGAGGCCGGCUCAGACGGCUGCACCCUCGCCACAGGCAGCAAGGACACAACGGUGAUUGUGUGGGAUAUCGUGGCGCUGCCGCUGCGGCAGACGCCGCGGCACGUGCUGCACGGGCACGAGGAUGCCGUGACCUGCCUCACGCUCGCUCCUGAUCUGGACCUGAUCGUCUCCGCUGCUGCCGACGGCACGCUGCUUUUCCACACGCUCACCACCGGCAGGUACGUGCGCAAGAUGCGGCUGGCGGGAGGGGCGCCCCCCGUGCUGCUGGCGGUGGCGCCGGGGCCGGGGAUGCUGGUGGUGCACUCCUGGGCGGACCUGGGCCUGCACGUGUUCAACGUCAAUGGGCGCCACCUGGUCAGCGCGGACGGCAAUGAGCGGCUGGCAGCGCUCGCCAUCUCCCCUGACGGCCACUUCCUGCUCACCGGCGGCCAGCGCGGCGUCGCAUCCCUCCACUGGCUCCACUCCCUCGAGUGCGUGGUGAAGUACGAUGGCGGGCGUGGCCCGAUUACGGCGCUGAGCGUGAGCGCGGAGGAGUGCGUGGUGGCCGGCACGCAGGGCGGUGCUCUGCUUGUGUUCUCGCCCGACCCACGCCGGCGCAUGACUCGGCGAUUGCAGCUGGCCGACGCGCGCGCGGGGCCGACCGCCACCCCCGCGGCUCCCUCACCCUCCAAAACCCUCAAGUUUGACGCGUGA